AUGCAACUUUUUCAGAUCUGUCUUCUAGCUUUGAUCAGUAUUUCUGAGGCAGCUCCAGCUCCAUAUAAUAUCCAGGUUACUGUUAGUUCUGCAUCACAUUUUGGUGUAAGAAGCUGUGACUCAUACUAUCUGAGUCCUUUUGCUGGGUUUAGUUGUGAAGUUAACCAAACAGUGCCUAGAGAAGAUUUAUGCUGUGUAGAAACUCCGAACGGUGUUGUUAUGCAAACCCAAUUUUGGGAUUAUGCACCCUCAUAUGUUAACGGAACAGGUCCUUCAAACCAUACAGCCGUUAAUCAAGAUAACAUAUCUGGAAUGGGCCCUGCUAAUAAUGUUUUUACUAUUCACGGGUUAUGGAAUGAUAAGUGUGAUGGAACAUAUAACCAAUUCUGCAAUGAUGCGUUGGAAGUUGACGCAAGUGACUUGGAGACUAUUAUAGCAGAACAAUUUAAUGACAGACCAUUAUACAAUAAGAUGAAGCAAAUUUGGGUAAACACCCAGAAUUCUAACGUUCAAGAUGGUGGACUGGAAUCUUUAUGGGAACAUGAAUACAACAAACAUGGUACAUGUAUGACUACUUUGCAACCAAGAUGUUACGAGGGAAACUAUCAACAGUACCAAACUGCUUACGAUUUUUACAGAAGGGUUGUGGAAAUUUGGGACACUCUUCCAACCUACGAGUUUUUGGCAAAUGCUGAAAUCUAUCCAUCAGCAAAUCAGACCUACAGUCUUACUGAUUUUCAAGAAGCUCUUGCACAAAAUCACGGCGGACAAGUUUAUGUUGGAUGUGUCCUGGGAAACAUUGUUUCCGAAAUAUGGUAUUACCACCACGUGAAAGGGAAUGUAUUGACCGGAGAGUUGAAGCCAAUUGAUACAUUAACCAAUUCAACUUGCAAAUCCUCCCAAAUUAGAUAUUUGCCAAAAUACUAA